AUGAACGUCUGGAAGACACUGACCCAAGUCCAUGUCAACCCCGCCAAUGGAAAGUGUACCACUCUGCCGCUUCUCCAUCUGAAGAGCCAGUACGCACUCAACUUCCAUCUGUCAUGGCUCGGUUUCUGGGUUGCAUUCCUCUCCUGGUUUGCGUUCUCGCCAUUGACUCCGGAGGCGGUCAAGACCGAUCUCAAACUGACGACGGCACAAAUCGGCAACUCCAACAUCAUUUCGCUAUGCUCGACCCUCCUGGUGCGCGUCAUCGUCGGCCCACUGGUUGACUGGUACGGCCCGCGGAGAGUCAUGGCCGGCAUCCUCAUCAUCGGCGCCAUCCCCUCUGGCCUCGCGGGCACGAUCAGCUCCGCGAACGGGCUCUACGUCGUCCGCUUCUUCAUCGGGAUCCUCGGCGGGACGUUCGUCCCCUGCCAGGCGUGGACGUCCGCGUUCUUCGACACGAACGUCGUCGGGCGCGCGAACGCGCUCGCGGGCGGCUGGGGAAACUCGGGCGGCGGGUUCACGUUCAUCAUCAUGCUCGCGGUGUACGACGCGCUGCUGCGCGACGGCCUCGCGAAGCACGUCGCGUGGAGAGCGUCGUUCGCGAUCGUGCCCGUGCCCAUCCUCCUCGCAACGGCCGCCGUCACGCUCCUCUUCGGGACGGACCACCCGAACGGCCGGUGGGCCGACCGCCACCGCCCCUUCUCGCUGCGCGGAGCGGACGAGGAGGUCGCUCAGGAAGGGCAGGAGAAGGAAGUAUCACCGAGGAAGCCGCACGACAAGGCGGCAGCGCAGGAGGAGGCGCUGGAGGUCAGCGUGGACGUCGCGAUCGCCGAGCCGGACGAGACCACGCUCAGCAUCGGCGUGACGACGAACCAGGGGACGACGCUGGACGUCGCGGCGCAGGUGCUCAUGGCGCCCGCGACGUGGCUGCCGACGCUCGCGUACUUGACGACGUUUGGCUUCGAGCUCGCGAUCGACGCGAACCUGUCGAACGUGCUCUACGGCAUGUACAAGUCCGAGUCGUUUGGACAGACUAAGGCGGGCUAUAUUGCGUCGAUCUAUGGACUGAUGAAUACCUGGUCGCGGCCCCUUGGCGGCUACCUCGGCGAUUUGAUCUACCGUCGCUAUGGGGUCACCGGCAAGAAGUACCUGACGCUCGCUCUGGGCGCACUUGCGGGAUUCAUGUCGCUCGGUCUCGGGCUCUACAUUGACAGGGGAGAGAAGCCUUCGCUCGCGGUGGUCAUCGUCAUGUUCGUGAUCAUGGGCAUAUUCAUGCAAGCGGCCAACGGGGCCAACUUCUCGCUCGUCCCGCACUGCAAUCCUAACUCGAACGGUUUCAUGACGGGCAUUGUCGGGGCCGUAGGCAACCUUGGCGGUGUUAUUUUCGCGCUAAUCUGGCGCAUGCAGCCCAUGCCCUACGGCAAGGCGUUCUGGAUCUCGGGCGUCUUCGCGAUCGGCCUGAAUGCACUCAUCGUGCCGAUUCAGCCGCCGCGGGAUAAACACUGA